AUGGACGACCACAGCGCGACUGAUCAGAGUCGAAGCCCACCUCGCAAGAGACCCAAGACCGUUCGCUUUCCGGGUGAAGACUGCAAUGCGGACAGUCUCCACAUGCACGAUACGGAGUCAAGGGAGGUUGACUACUGUGAUGCGAUCCACAAAGAGUGCUCUGGUAUGGAGAUAGACUCGAAUCAUCGUUACAUCUACGUUGUUCCUGAAAACCGAGCUGUGGUUUUCUUCCAGGGCAUGAACCAAGCCGCAGCAACUCUCGACAAGGACUAUAUGGCCAAGGCAUGUGAAAUGGUAACAUUUCAAUUCGAUUCAAGCCGCACUAUGAGGCUAUUCUCAAAGCUUCUCAAAACGCACUUCGAGAACUAUGGAGGCGUUGUACCCCGAGUCCAUGCGAAGAUUCUGGUAUUCGAAAUUGGUACUUUUCCCGAAGCACCACUUCUCAACGAAUGGAUCACAGUAUACCACGCACAUGGAUCCGACACAAGCGCUCAUAAUCACGUGGCCGCCUUGCUCGAUGUUUCGACCGACAUGGGAAUUGAGCUCCAUCUCUGCCGUCCCUGGAGAAACUUUGGUUUCCUCAAAGGGGCUACUACUCCUCUACGAGACGCUGGGUAUGAUCUGUCGGUCACUUUGGAAGAGGUCAACUGGCUCCAAGUGCCAGACCAAUUCAUCAGCUUCCUGAAGGCAAUGUCAGCCAGAGCGGUAACUGGAAAACCUCUAGAUGAUGCGAAUCUCCAAUUCCAGUCGAAUCUCAAAAUUGACAUUGCUAAAAUUUUGGUCGAUCACGGCAAUCGUUUCAUCCGCUAUUGA